CAACAGCAUCGCUACCCAGACCAUGCUCAGAGCUGGGAGCUCAGCUGCCAACGACUGGAGACAAAAGAUGAUCUGUUUCCAUGUCUUCGAUAUGUUUGAUGAAAGCAAGACGGUGGAUCUAGACGGGUUUCAUGCUGUGUGUGGUGAGAAUCUGCAGUGAAAAGGAGAAUGGAAGAAACCACCAUAAGGAUUCGAUGCCAUUGGAGGUGGCACGUUCUGUGGAUGUAUAUUUUUCUUCUUCUUGUGGAUACAACGGAGGCGCAAAUUCGUUACACCGUUCCAGAGGAGUUAAACCAAGGCUCUGUGGUUGGAAAUUUAGCUAAGGAUCUGGGUUUAAGCAUCUCUGAUAUAUAUGACCGUAAACUGCGGAUUGCUUCAGAGAGUGGGAAGCAGUAUUUCAGCGUGGAUUUGGGAAAGGGUGAAUUGGUUGUCAGUGACAGGAUAGACAGAGAGGGUUUGUGUGGAGAAAAUGUCCAGUGCUUGUUACCGUUGGAGGUCGUCGUUGAAAAUCCUUUACAGUUACACCAGGUUGAAAUCGAAAUACAAGACAUAAACGAUAAUUCACCCAGUUUCCUUACAACGGAAAGAAUUCUAAAAAUUGCAGAGUCGACUAAUCCAGGUGCAAAAUUCCCGCUGGAGAGCGCAAGUGAUCCUGACGUUGCUUCUAACACUUUGCGGUCUUACAGUAUAAAUGAAAAUGCACAUUUUGUAUUGAACAUUAAGACACAAGACGGUACAAAAAUCCCCGAGCUGGUCUUAAAGACACAACUAGACCGAGAGAAGCAGGCAGUUCAUCAGCUUGUGCUAACAGCUGUAGACGGAGGGAAUCCAACACGUUCUGGCACCUCUGAAGUCACUGUUGUGGUUUUGGAUAACAACGAUAACGAGCCACUGUUUGAGAAAGCUUUUUAUGAAUUAUCCGUUCCUGAGAAUACACAAAUUGGCACAUUGAUAGUAAACGUAAAAGCAAUAGAUUCCGAUGAAGGAUUGAACAGUGAAGUGGAGUAUUACUUUAGAGAUCAAACACCAGAAAUAACAAUGGCCUUGUUUGACGUUAACUCAGAAACCGGGGACAUCACUGUCAAAGGACCGCUUGACUAUGAACAUUCGACCCUGCAUAAAUUUGACAUUAUGGCAAAAGAUAAAGGUAAUCCACCGAUGGCCGGACAUUGUAGUGUGAAAAUUAAUAUUUUAGAUGUUAAUGAUAAUGCUCCCGAAAUUAUAAUAACGUCCCUAAGUAGCCCAAUACCUGAGGACUCAGCCCCUGGUAUGGUCAUUGCACUUAUCAGCGCAAAAGACCUAGACGUUGGUAAAAACGGUAAAGUUACGUUGAGUAUGAUGCCAGGCCCACCAUUCACACUGAAGGCCUCCGUCUCCAACCGUUACGCACUGGUGACGAAUGGUCAUUUGGAUCGCGAAUCUCACAGAGAAUAUGAAGUUGUUCUAAACGCAGUUGAUUUAGGUUCACCGUCAUUGACUGCGAAGAAAAUAGUAAAGGUUGAAAUUUUAGAUGUGAAUGACAACGCUCCCGUUUUCUCCCAGCCGUUAUAUACGGUGUAUGUGAAAGAAAACGGAACCCCUGGAUCGAUAUUGUGUUCAGUAACCGCCUCUGAUCCAGAUACAGGAGAAAAUGCCAAGAUAUCAUACUCCAUACUAGACACUAAAGUGCAGGACGUUUCUGCCUCGUCUUAUGUUUACAUCAACUCAGACAACGGCAGCAUCUACAGCAUGCACUCGUUUGACUAUGAGAAGCUGAAGGUGUUUCAGAUUAAGGUGCAGGCAAAGGACCACGGCUCUCCUUCUCUGAGCAGCAACGUUACGGUUCAUGUUUUUAUCUUGGACCAGAACGACAAUGCCCCUUCUGUUAUUUACCCUUUCGCCGUCAUGGGCUCUGUCUCCCACCAGAAGAUGCCCCGGUUCUCUAAAGCAGGCCACCUCGUCACCAAAGUAACGGCAGUGGACGCUGACUCGGGCCAUAACGCCUGGGUUUCCUAUAGACUGGCGGAGGCCACAGACGCCUCUCUGUUCAGCGUGAAUCUGUACACAGGGGAGGUGAGGACUAAACGCGCUGUUUCAGAGCAGGAUGACUCCUCUCAGAGGCUGCUUAUAGAGAUAAAGGACAACGGGGAACCGGUCCAGUCCUCCACAGUCACUGUCAACAUACUGGUAGAGGACGGGCUUCACGAGCCCAUCUCAGACUUUCACUUCAAAACUUCAGAGCCCAGCAAACGGAACAGUAAAAUCACUUUUUAUCUGAUCGUGUCUCUGGCCUCCGUGUCAGUGUUGUCUUUGUUGACUUUCCUCAUCUUAGUGGUGAAGUGCGCUAGAAACAGUCGGAGCAACUCGAGUUGCUGUAUCAGACGGGCUGACUCUGACGGAUACAAGAAUCCCAACAGAAACCUGCAGAUCCAGCUCAACAGUGACGGGCCUAUUAAGUAUGUGGAGGUCCUGGGGGGAGACAUGUUGUCUCAGAGCCAGUCCUUCAGGUCGUGUAUGUCUCCGAUGUCAGAGUUCAGUGAUUUCACCAUGGUGAAGCCCAGCAGCACCACUGACUUUAAGGACAUGAUAAACGUGCUUGACGCAUCACUUCCUGACAGUGCGUGGACGUUCGAGAGUCAGCAGGUGAGCUCAGAAAUUCGUUGUUUUCUUGUUCAUGUUAUGGACUCUAUUGGAGCGCUGUGA